AGGGGGUGGAGCGUAUGGAUGGGAGGAUUGUGGAGCCACUGCUAGUACCUGCUGUGUGUGCUUUGGAGAGACGGAUACCGGGCUGUCAGGUCCGGGAUCCACAAGAGCCUCUCCUGAAGGAGGAAGUGACUGUGGUUAGAGAGGCUUCCUGUGGGAAGAGCUUUGUGUCUCGGCAGAGAAGGCUGGAGCACGAGGAUGAUGGAUCGGUAUAAGAUCCCACGCACCAAAGAGCUGGAGUUUGGAGGGCCCCUGGGAGCCAUGAUCCUCCUCUUUCUCAUGCCAGCUACCGUCUUCUAUCUUCUGCUGACAUGUCGCACUGAGCAAGCCAGCGUGCUGAACUUCCCGCCCCCGCUGCCACCCCUGAGCACCCUCUGGAACCCCCACACCUUCCUGCUGCUCCUGGCUUGGGUGGGACUCCAGGCUGCCCUCUACAUGCUGCCUAUGGGAAAGGUCACAGAAGGGAUCGUCCUUCGAGACAAGAGCCGGCUCCAGUAUCGCAUUAAUGCUUUCCAUGCGAUGGGGGUCACAGCCCUGGUGGUGGGGGCUGGAUUGGCAGCCGGGUUGCGCCUCAGCUACAUCUAUGACCACUUCCUGCAGUUGGCUUUCUCGGCCUUGCUGCUGGCCUUUGGCCUCAGCUUCCUCCUCUACUUCAAGUCCCUCUUUGCCCCAGAGACAACACUGGCGCCAGGCGGGAACUCAGGAAAUCCUAUCUAUGACUUCUUCAUGGGCCACGAGCUGAACCCACGCAUCGGCUCCUUCGACCUGAAGUAUUUCUGCGAGCUGCGGCCAGGCCUCCUCGGCUGGGCACUGGUGAACAUGGCCAUGCUGAUGAAAGAGACUGAGCUGCGGGGCAGCCCCUCGCUGGCUAUGCUCCUGGUCAAUGCCUUCCAGCUGCUGUAUGUGGUGGAUGCACUCUGGAAUGAGGAGGCCAUCCUCACCACCAUGGACAUUGUACACGAUGGGUUUGGCUUCAUGUUGGCCUUUGGGGACCUGGCCUGGGUGCCCUUCACCUACAGCCUGCAGGCCUACUUCCUGGUCAACCACCCCCAGAAGCUGAGCCUGUCCAUGGCUGUCGGGAUCCUCUUGCUCAAUGGUCUGGGCUACUGCAUCUUCCGCAGUGCCAAUUCCCAGAAGAACACUUUCCGCAGGAACCCCAAUGACCCCAGAGUAACUGGUCUCAAAACCAUUCCCACAGCCACGGGCCGGCGUCUCCUGGUGUCUGGGUGGUGGGGGUUUGUGCGCCACCCCAACUAUCUGGGGGAUCUCAUCAUGGCUCUGGCCUGGUCGCUGCCCUGUGGCCUGACACAUGUCCUGCCCUACUUCUACGUCUUCUACUUCACUGUGCUGCUGAUUCACCGGGAGGCUCGGGAUGAGCACCAGUGCCUGCGGAAAUAUGGGCUCGCCUGGCAGGAGUACUGCCGGCGAGUUCCCUACAGGAUCUUCCCUUACCUUUACUGAGAUGUGGCCCAGCACACCAUGCCCCAUGCAGACCCAGGCACCACAGCUCACAUCUGCCCACCACUGCUCCAAAGGCUGGCAGGGC